AUGACCUCCGACCCGGCAUUGACCUUUGGCGUAGAGCUGGAGUUCCUCGUCACUACCCGCAAGGAACAUGAGAAUAAUCAAGAAACCUACGAAGCUAUAGCAGAGCUCUUCUUACGAAACUUGGCGAAUCCACUCCCUUGUGCCUGUGUCCAUGGAAAAUGGAGCAAAUAUAGGGGUACGGCCUAUCGGUACCCAGAUGGGAUGCCCCUCGAUAAGACGGAAUGGAAAAACUAUUACUGCAUCUCUGGUGAUGGCUCCGUCGUUGAUGGCACCAAGGAGAAAGCUCAGAGAGAUGCCGAGGGGGAAAUCGCUGUUGGCCUAGAAAUUUCCACCCGAGCUCUGGGCUUCGAUGACCGAGGCUGCUCCGAAUUUAGCGCUACCUUCGCUGCAAUCAAAGACGGCGGCAGCCUGAAAAACACUAAGAUUGCUGAUAGAUUUGAGCCCCAGCCCACCCAGACCGCAGGGCUACACGUUCAUAUCGGCGUCGAGGACGGUCUUGACUUGGAAACCGCCAAAAAGGCAGCUAUCUUAGGAUGGCUUCUAGAGCCAUGUCUCUUCUCUCUUUGCAAUCACGACAGGGGCAUGACAUUAUCAAAUGCGCCGAUCCGGAAAUAUUCGCGAUUAGCCCAAACCAAGUUUGAUAUUACAGAAUCCGAGGGUAUAUCCGUAGUAGAUGGCACACCGGACGGCAAUGGGGUCUCCAAGGAAAGCCACUCAGGGAUUCACAAGUACCAAGACGUAGAAGUCUCCAAGGACCAGGACUUAAAGAUCCGCCAAGGAGAGGGUGGCACGAAAGACGAGCAACCUUCGGAUAGCCAAGGCACACACGAGGAAAAGAGCAUUUUCGAUGACGAGAACGUCCAGCCAAGUGAAGACAAGAUGAUACUCGAAUCAUGCCAGAAGGAAUCCACAUCGACCUGCGAGGGCUCAGGUACUACAGAGGACAAGGUGGAACUAACAGUUCCGCUCCCGGUUCAAGAGGAUGACACUUCCGACGGCCUUCCUAAGGAGUUUUCUUCGAAAGAAAAAACCUGGAUCUCAGCCAUUUUCGGAACAAGAGACAUGGGUGAACUUGCAGAACUGUUGUCCGGCACUAACGUAAACUUCAUGAAUAGACGAUUGGCUCUAGCUGUCUACAACCGAGAGAAUGAUCAAAGUACAAUAGAGUUUCGUCAUUUCCAGAGUACAACGGACGAGAAUCUCGCUUGGAAGUGGGUUCGAAUUUCAGCAGCCUUUGUUAGGGCAGCUUCAAGGCCGGUAUCCGAGUACAGAGAAAAACUUCAUCUAAUUGCAGUCGAGUAUCGGCUCAUGAAGUCCAAAUGGAAAGAACAUAUACAAGACCGAACUUUCCAAAGAGAAACAAUGGACCCUUGGCUGGAUAGUUGGAAAUGGAUGCUCUUAGUCUUGGACCUAGAAGAUGAUAUUCCCUUCUGGGAUGAUUACGUUGCCAAACUUACAGAGAGAAAUAGGACGACUUAG